AUGUCCACGGCCACACCUCUGCGCCCGGCAGCGCGGCGGGUAACCCAGUGCCUGCGCCUCGACACGAGAAGACGACGCAGCUUUGCCUCGACCGUCCCCAGGGACGCCGACUUUACCCACAUUGUCAUCGGCGCCGGCGUCGUCGGCCUCGCCACAGCCCGCCACCUGACGGCCACGCACCCGUCGAGCACGACGCUGCUCGUCGAGCGCCACGCGCACCCGGGCACCGAGACGUCGUCGCGCAACAGCGAGGUCGUCCACGCGGGGCUCUACUACGGCCGCGGCACGCUCAAGACGGCCCUCUGCACGCGCGGCCGCCGCCUGCUGUACGCCUUUUGCGCCGCCCACCGUGUCGCCCACCGCCGCACCGGCAAGUGGCUCGUCGCGCAGAACGACGCCCAGCGCGCCGCCCUCGAGCGCCUCUACGCGUCCGUCGACGCCGACGCCCAGGACGCCCCGCCCCUGCACUGGGUCGCCGACGCCGACGCCCGGCGUCUCGAGCCCGCCGUGCGCGCGCGCGCCGGCGUCCUGGCAUCGCCUGAGACGGGCAUCGUCGACGCCCACGGCCUCAUGGUCGCGCUGCGGGGCCUGUUCGAGGACGAGGGCGGCACCGUCGCCGUGCAGUCGCGCGUCGAGGCCGUCGAGCCGCUGCAGCGCGCCGGCGCCGGCGGCUGGGCCGUGACCGUCGUCGACGCGGCGACGGGCGAGUCGAGCACCGUCACGGCCGACGUUGUCGUCAACGCGGCGGGCCUCGGCGCCGUCGACGUCCACAACAUGAUCGUGCCGGCCGAGCGACAGAUGGCCAUGUUCUACGCCAAGGGCAACUAUUUCGCCUACUCUGGCAGUAGUGGCAGCAGCCUCAACGUGAACCGCCUCAUCUACCCGGCGCCCGAGCCCGGCGUCGGCGGUCUCGGCACGCACCUGACGCUCGACCUCGGCGGGCGCAUCCGCUUCGGGCCCGACGUCGAGUGGGUCGACGACCCGAGCGACGUGGCGCCCAACCCGGCGCGGCUCGACGAGGCCGUCCAGGCCAUCCGCGAGUACCUGCCGGGCCUCGACGCCGACGCGCUGGCCCCCGACUAUGCUGGCAUUCGGCCGAAGCUGCUGCCCACGGGCGCCUUCCACGACUUCGUCGUCCGCAAGGAGGACGGCUUUGAGGGGCUCGUGAGCCUGCUGGGUAUCGAGAGCCCCGGAUUGACGAGCUGUCUGGCCAUUGCUGAGCGGGUGGAGGCGUUGCUUUACAAGUAG